GAGGGGAGCCCGUCCCUGCGGCGCCUGACGGUGAUGCGGGAGAAGGGCCGGCGCCAGGCCGUCCGGGGCCCGGCGUUCAUGUUCAACGACCGGGGCACCAGCCUCACGGCGGAGGAAGAGCGCUUCCUCGACGCCGCCGAGUACGGCAACAUCCCCGUGGUGCGCAAGAUGCUGGAGGAGUCCCGGACGCUGAACGUCAACUGCGUGGACUACAUGGGCCAGAACGCGCUGCAGCUGGCCGUGGGCAACGAGCACCUGGAGGUCACCGAGCUGCUGCUCAAGAAGGAGAACCUGGCGCGCAUCGGCGACGCGCUGCUGCUGGCCAUCAGCAAGGGCUACGUGCGCAUCGUGGAGGCCAUCCUCAACCACCCGGGCUUCGCGGCCAGCAAGCGCCUGACGCUGAGCCCGUGUGAGCAGGAGCUGCAGGACGACGACUUCUACGCCUACGACGAGGACGGCACGCGCUUCUCGCCCGACAUCACCCCCAUCAUCCUGGCGGCGCACUGCCAGAAGUACGAGGUGGUGCACAUGCUGCUGCUGAAGGGCGCCCGCAUCGAGCGGCCGCACGACUACUUCUGCAAGUGCGGCGAGUGCACCGAGAAGCAGCGGCACGACUCCUUCAGCCACUCCCGCUCCAGGAUCAACGCCUACAAGGGGCUGGCCAGCCCGGCGUACCUGUCCUUGUCCAGCGAGGACCCUGUGCUCACGGCCCUGGAGCUCAGCAAUGAGCUGGCCAAGCUGGCCAACAUCGAGAAGGAGUUCAAGAAUGACUAUCGAAAGCUGUCCAUGCAAUGCAAAGACUUUGUGGUGGGCGUGCUGGACCUCUGCCGAGACUCUGAAGAGGUGGAGGCCAUUCUGAAUGGAGAUCUGGAAUCGGCAGAGCCUCUGGAGAUGCACAGGCAUAAAUCUUCCUUGAGUCGUGUCAAACUUGCCAUUAAGUAUGAAGUCAAAAAGUUUGUGGCUCACCCCAACUGCCAGCAGCAGCUGUUGACCAUCUGGUAUGAGAACCUGUCUGGCCUGCGGGAACAGACCGUAGCCAUCAAGUGCCUGGUGGUGCUGGUUGUGGCCUUGGGUCUUCCUUUUCUGGCCAUCGGCUACUGGAUCGCACCUUGCAGCAGGCUGGGGAAAAUUCUGAGAAGCCCUUUCAUGAAAUUUGUGGCGCAUGCUGCUUCCUUCAUCAUCUUCCUGGGUCUCCUUGUGUUCAAUGCCUCCGACAGGUUCGAAGGUAUCACCACACUGCCAAAUAUCACUGUCAUUGACUAUCCUAAGCAGAUCUUCAGGGUGAAGACCACACAGUUCACGUGGACUGAGAUGCUAAUUAUGGUUUGGGUUCUUGGAAUGAUGUGGUCCGAGUGUAAGGAGCUCUGGCUGGAAGGGCCGCGGGAAUACGUGCUGCAGUUGUGGAACGUGCUGGACUUCGGGAUGCUCUCCAUCUUCAUCGCUGCGUUCACAGCCCGCUUCCUAGCUUUCCUUCAGGCGACGAAAGCGCAGCGAUACGUGGACAAUAAUAUCCAAGAGAGCGACCUCAGUGAAGUGGCGCUUCCUCCCGAGAUACGCUAUUUCACUUAUGCCAGAGAUAAAUGGCUGCCUUCUGACCCUCAGAUCAUAUCCGAAGGUCUCUAUGCCAUAGCCGUGGUCCUCAGCUUCUCUCGGAUUGCCUACAUCCUCCCUGCGAAUGAGAGCUUCGGCCCCUUACAGAUCUCUCUGGGAAGGACUGUGAAGGACAUAUUCAAGUUCAUGGUCCUCUUUAUUAUGGUCUUUCUUGCCUUCAUGAUUGGCAUGUUUAUACUUUAUUCUUACUACUUGGGGGCUAAAGUGAAUGCUGCUUUUACCACCGUAGAAGAAAGCUUCAAGACUUUGUUCUGGUCAAUAUUUGGGUUAUCUGAAGUGACUUCCGUUGUACUCAAAUAUGAUCACAAAUUCAUAGAGAAUAUUGGCUAUGUUCUUUAUGGAAUAUACAAUGUAACGAUGGUGGUCGUUUUACUCAAUAUGCUAAUUGCUAUGAUAAAUAGCUCAUAUCAGGAAAUCGAGGACGACAGUGAUGUAGAAUGGAAGUUUGCACGUUCAAAACUUUGGUUAUCCUAUUUUGAUGAUGGAAAAACAUUACCUCCACCUUUCAGUCUAGUUCCUAGCCCCAAAUCCUUUGUUUAUUUCUUUAUGCGGAUCAUCAACUUUUCCAAAUGCAGAAGGAGAAGGUUCCAGAAGGAUAUAGAAAUGGGAAUGGGUAACUCAAAAUCCAGGUUAAACCUCUUCACUCAAUCUAACUCAAGAGUUUUUGAAUCACACAGUUUUAACAGCAUUCUCAACCAGCCAACACGCUAUCAGCAAAUAAUGAAAAGACUAAUAAAGCGCUAUGUUCUGAAAGCACAAGUAGACAAAGAAAAUGAUGAAGUGAAUGAAGGUGAAUUAAAAGAAAUCAAGCAAGACAUUUCCAGUCUUCGUUACGAACUUUUGGAAGACAAGAGCCAAGCAACAGAGGAGCUAGCCAUUCUAAUUCAUAAACUCACUGAGAAGCUGAACCCCAGCAUGCUGAGAGGUGAAUGAAGCAGCGACCUGGAAUUUUGAGUUCAACUAUAGCACAAAUGUGGGCAAUAAUAUUUCUAAGUAUGAAAUACUUGAAAACUGUGGUGUAAUUUUUAGUACUUUAUCAUGUGAAUCUUUAAAAGGUAGGUCUUAAUUAUUAUUUUAUUGUUUUAUCAUUCAAAAAAUGGUCUCCAUUUUGUUUGCCUUGACAUUACAAACAAUGGCAUACGGUUGUAUGUAAGCGCUCUGUAUUUACUACCUUACUGACAUUUUUGUCCAUUUUAGAAUAAACUUUAAGCAUUUGCACUACC